AUGACAACACCAGCAAUUGAAUCACGUUGGAGUAUUGAGAUCGUUAAUGAAAAUGAUCUAACUGAUUUAUUACCUUUAAUGAAAGCGUACUGCGAAUUUUAUAAUCAAACAGAACAAAUUCCGUUAGCUACCGAUGAUGCUCUUAUGUCUCUAUCGCGUGCAUUGAUAACUAACCCAACAAACGAAGGUAUUCAACUUAUUGUUCGUGAUUCUAAAAAGCGAACCCCAAUUGGUUUUGCAACAAUAUUCUGGACUUGGUCUACAUUGCAAGGUGGGCGCAUUGCCAUUAUGAAUGAUCUUUUUCUUUCUGAAGAGUAUCGUGGUCAAGGUAUAGCUGACAUUGUUAUUACUGAAUGCGCACAAAAAGCACGGGAACACGGCGCCUUGUCUCUAACAUGGGAAACUUCGGUAGAUAAUAAACGUGCUCAAGCUGUCUACAAUAGAAGUGGAGCAUCGAAAAGCCAUCGAUGGUUACAUUAUACACUUCCUUUGUAA